AACGGGUUUCACAUACUGAAUAAUAAAUUAUAUAUAUGCACAUAAGUAUAUGUGACACAUGAGAUUGCGCGCGAGUAGUGGCGCGCACUAACAAUAAGUCGAUUCGAAUCGGUGUCUUUAUCACCUAUCGACGAUUUGUGCGGCGGUACCGCUUGCGGUACUCGCAAAGUGAAAGCAAGCCCCGAUCGUGGAGCGGAUCGUGCGAGGGCCUGCAACACGGACCCAGGACCCAUGCAGUCAGUCCGAGGCGAGCUGGGAGUUGGCAUGUCGAGUACUGUGCACCGCGAGUUGUCAACGUGUUGAGCAUCCUUAAAUCGAGCCCGGGAUAACGUUCCUCGCGAUCCGGUUCGGAGAUUCGUGCGUUCGUAGGAUGAGAUCAGACUGAACGCAAUGACAUCCAGAUACUUCGUGUUCGCCGUAGCUCUAGCGCAUGUUGCGGCGUCCGUCGCUCAAGUCUACGAAAGUCCAGUGGAAGCGCUCGAACCAGCAGCUACGAAUGAUGACUUUAUCACGCAAACUGUCUAUGGAUUCUUGGACUUCACCACGACGAUCGGCAAUACGGUGAUGGUCUUCAGCCCUCAGAGUGCUCCACCAGAGGGGGAUACCGGGAAGAAAACCACGUCCUCCACGCCGGCGAUUCACACAAAGCCGACGACGGAGCAGAAGAAGAAUGUUCCCGACAUCCAGCCCAGCAAGACCCACAAGGCCGAGGCUCAGGGCGGCGAGACGAAGAAGCAGAUUAAGGGGACGAAGAUCGUUGUGAAUUCCGUGGUCGAGCAGAACGUGGCGAACCCGUCCGAGAACGCCGCGCCGAAACCUACAAAGAGCCAGGAGCCAAAUAAGCAGGUGACAACGAAGACACCCAUAUUGUCCUCGGUCGUUGAGAUACGCGCCAAGGAUGAGACUCCAGGUGUGAAAAACAAUCUCGCCGAACCGGAAUAUGAUUUUCUUUCGAAGCAGCCGACGGAAGUGAUCGACGAAACCUACACGCUGAUAAAUCUGCGACCCUCGUCGAAGGCUAGCAAGCCGCGUGCCACCACACGAAGAGACAAGGAGAACCCGACCGGCCUGGUGACCAAACUCGGCGGUACCAUCGUGAAGGACGGCCUCACGACUGUGCACGAGACCAGCGUGAUCGGCACUUACAUCAACGGCAAGUACGCCCAGGUGCUGCAGAGCUCGUCCAGAAUUUUGACGGUGCCGGCUGCGCCGGUGGCCGACGGUAAGAUCCGACCGUCCAGCACACAGCGGAUCCUGAAGACCAUCGGCCCGCAGCAUGGCAAGCACAAGCUCCAGCUGGAGCCCACCCCGACCUAUCAGCAAGACGAAUCCUCGCUGCCGCUGGAAGGUCUCUUCAGUGCGUCAUCUGGCGCUCAGGUGCGAACGACGCGAAGACACUCGGCCCCGAAUAAUCCGCCGAGACCGAAGUUCCGGAACAAAAUCGCCGACGAUUAUGAUAACAGCGAACCGCAGCAAACGAGAGGAAGUAAAAAUCGCUCGACGACGACACGACCGAAUUUUAAGAAUCGUCCUGCGAUCACCACCACCACAGAAACACCAAUUAGCCGCCGCCGCAGUGGUUUCCGGCCAAGCAGUCAGUUCAUCAGCACGCCCUCGAAACAGUCGACGAAGCCGAAGAGCAAUGACCAGCAACCAUUGCCUACGGCGAGUCUCCCAGUGCCGAAAGUGAAACUGCCGCGGACGCAAGGUCGCUGGUCGUAUAAAACCACGCCGAAGCCGCGGGUCGUGAUUCGCAAGCAGGUAGACGAGGAAGAUCUGCGAGCGUCGACGACCGAGGCGAGCACAACUGAGUCGUCCUUCGUGACAAUCUUGGACGAGCAAGGCAAGACAUUAGUGUCGACGGCCAACGCUGCUUUGACCUCACCCGGCGUCGUUAACGUCGCUCAGAGAAAGGAGCUAUCUUUGACAGAGGACGAAUUGGAUCCCAGUGAGAGCGAAGACAUCGCCAGUGUCAGCGUGCAGGAUCAACAGCAGCACGCCGAAGAACAAAUCCUGCUGGCGGAAACGCUCAAUGUGGAAAUCUCCACAGCGGCGGAUCUCGACAACAUCUACUUCGAGAUUGCUACUAUCAAAUCGCCUUAUACCUUCCAAGUAGGAACAAUGCGAAACACCCGCUACAUCACGGUGACUUCCACCAUAAAGAAAACCUUUGCGACGGCCGAGCCGAGCAGCUCGAUCUCGCCCACCGAACCGCUGACGGAGAAUAUUCUGGCAAACACCGCGGCCGCUUACGAGUCGACUCUGCCGCUCGACUCGUCCGUCGCGACGCUACCAGCGAUAUCCCUGGAUGCCGCCCAGGCGACGCCACCGUUGGAGACGCUGACGGAGACGUUCUCGACGACGCAGACGCUGCUGAAGACGCAUCUCUUGCCGGUGAUCUACGCCGGCAACAGCACCACCCGGUUGACCUUAGUGCAGACGUACAACAUCGCCCGAGUAGUAACGGCGACGAAGACGCUACCGCCGAUGGAGAUUUAUCAAUUUAUCCCGAGCAAGACACUGAACGAGUUCAACUCGAAGCUCGACGAGGCCGGCAGUGAGCUGCACCUCGAGCUCGAUUUCGGGGACGACGAUCGCGACGACGAAGACGUGCCCAAGAGGGUGGUGGUCCCCAGCAACGAUCCGGAUUCCGACUUGGAUAUCUUCAAGUCGGUGUCGCCGUCCAAAGUCAAGAACGAUGCUGCGACCAGCAGCAGCGCCGAGUCUCAGAUCACGCCUGAACAGGCGCAGCAAUUGGCUUUACUGAAAUAUUUCGGCCAACCGCAGCCGCAAGUCAUCACCACGUCCAGACCGGUGAUCACCCUGGAGACGCUAUACGAGUCGCAUGUAAUUCCCGUGGUGAACUCAGGAAAUACCAUCUAUUCAACGCUGUCCAGGCCGGUCGGCACCGUGCCCAGGACGUCCUACGAGUUCGGCACGUCCACCCUGAGUCCAGUGCUGCAGCCACAAGUGCCGCAGGUGCCGCAGCUACCGCUGUUCCCGCAGCAGCCGCACUUCACGGUGACGAGUGCGCCUCUGGUCACCCAGACUCUCGCAACUCUGUCCGAGUCGCGGGUGCUGAAGCUUACCUUCGGCGCCAAAACCGCUUACACCACUCUCUUCUCCACAAAGGUCGUGCCCACGCAGCUGACCACCUACGUUACCAACACGGUGCCGGUGCAGCCGACGGUUCCGGCGUACCCUGGUUAUUAUCCGGCGCCCUACCCGGCGCCCUACCCCUUCGUCGGUUAGAUUCCGAUCUGACCCACACCCCCUUCGCGAUCCACUUCGAUUGCGAUCGAUUGCCAGAUAAGCUCUCUGAGCUAAAUUUUAGAUUUUAAUCUUGAUAAAACUUGUAAGAGCAACUUUUCUAAUUAACGAUAUGAUUCUAAAUGCAAACGAUGUGAUUUUGUUUAUUUAAUGACUGCAAUAAGUUUUUCUUGCUAAUUUUUUUAUAUAAAUGCAUUACGUUUUUGCAAUAUAUCGUGAAAAUGAGACACUUAAUAAAAUUUUAAUCGAAGAAAACAAUAUUUAUGAGCAUUUCAUAAUUCUAUUAUACGUACGUAAUUUAAAACAUUAAAAUAAUUUAAUAUUAAGUAAAUAUAGUUGUUGAGGAAGAAUUCAUACUAUAUACUUAUAAAAUUUCGAAUCAAAACAUGGUCUUUUGAGAAUUUUGGUAUAAUUAUUUAUAUAGAAUUAAACUAAAGGUAUAUAGCGGCGCUUCAAAUUUAUAAUACUUUGCAAACGCAUGUUGCUGCAAGUAAAAAGAAUGCAAACCGAGAUUAUAUAUUCAAUGAAAAAAACUGCAAAGAUGCAGCACACUGAAUUAUACGAUCUAAUGAAGCGGCGGCGAUGAUCGUAAUCGGACGGGAAUUAUUGUAAAUAAAUUAUUGAUUAUAAUAUUGUAUAUCGUAUAUUAUAUGUAUAUUAUGUAUUUUGUAAAUAAAUAAGAUAAAAACAUAA